GUCUGAAUUGUUUUGGCAAUCUGCGAACAUUCAAUACGUUCUUACAACACAGAUGGUGUUAUAAAUUGUUAGAUCGGUUGAAUAAAAACACGAAUGGCAAAAUUACUCUGACAAUUUAGCUAGAAAAAAAAACAAAAAAAAAGAGAUAAUUUCCAAAGAAUUGGUUAAACCACAGACAACAGGGUCAGUUGAAGCGUGCCAUAGAAAUCCGACUAGCCAUAACUUAUUGGACAAUUAGAGCCAUAACUUAAUUGAAGUAUUACCAUAAUAGCCCACCUAGCCAUAGCUUAUUGGGCGAUUGAGGCCAUAGCUGAGUGGACUGAUCAGUGAUUGUGGUCAUUAUGGACGUGGAUGAUGAGGAUGAACUGCGACUCCAUCUGCACAAGAACAUCAAAUCCAACUUUGGGCGCAAACCGGGUGAGCCCAAAUUGGGUGGGGACGAGAUUGGUUUGUGGAGCAAGUAUUACCACAGUUCCUACGGCCACGCCCCUUCCAAUGGGAACCCCUACUACAGAGAUGUGUAUGCGAGGGAUGCGUCUGACUUCUCCCGCAGACAGAGGGGGGUUCUGGGGGAGAUGAGAGACAUGAAGGACAUACUCAGCAAGGACAGGACUAAACUUCUAGAUUACACUGCAAUACUGGAGGACCAGCACGACAGUCUCUACCGCAUGUCACGUGACCCCUACUACGAAUUCCUUCUCCUCAAACACCCCCAGUACAGAGACAAACAGAGUUACUUCCCAAGAAGGAAAGAGGUCAACGAACGCCUCAGUAAACUGGAUAGGUUCUAUGGUGACAAAUUGAGAUGGGCGGAGGAGAAUGGGAGGGAGCAGAAGAAUAGGGAGUGGCUGCAGGCAUACCUCACCCAGAGAGAGAAGGACAGAGAGAAGCCCAAACAGACCCUCAACCACCUCCAACAAUAUCUGGAGCACACUGGGGAGGCAAACAGAAGAAUAGGGCAGGACCUUGAGGAGGACAGAGAGAGAAGACGGCAGCUGGAUGACAUCCUCGCCCACCAGAACAGCUCCAUCAGGAAACUGGAAAAAAGACUGGCCAAUGAGAGUGAAGAGAGAAGCAGGAAGGCAGCAAAUCUGAGAAGACUCUUUGAAGAGGAGGCCGACCAGAUCAGUGAACAAAUUGCCCGACAGAACAUGCUCAGACACUCCCUCUUGCCAGCCACCAGACUCCCGCUACCAGUUUCGCCCCGAACUCCUCCCUUUCUUGCUCACCACCCCCACAGUCGUCAUAGUCUUCUGCUGGAUGACUGAUUAUAGUCUAAGACCAUCCCCACCGCUUCUAGCUUCCUAAAUGCGCAUUGUCAUAGCCUUAGGUUGGACGAGGAAUUCUAGUCAAACAUGAUCCCUUGUCGCUUCUUUCUUCCUUAUAUCCAUAUACAAGACAGAGGGCAGACGAGCAAACAGACUGAGUUGAGAACUUUCAGGGAUCUCUAGCCACCAAAGCUUUUAUCUUUCACUGAAACCACAAAUUUAUGUUAAAUUCAAUUUAUU